GGCGUGACAUCUCGCAUCGCAUCACAUCGCAGGUAAGGUACAUAUGCACGACUGCGAGCGGAGAUGUGGUUCGUGUCUCCCAUCUCUGCCUCUACUCUCUCUCCAUACCAUCAUACCAUCAUAACAAUCCAUAAAUCCCCACUAUGACACCACCAAAAUCACUCCCCUCACCAACACUGACCCAGCACGCCCACGACAUAGCAAUCCAACACUUCCCCUCCCACAACCUCACCUUCUGGGCCGGCGUCCAGGGCGGCUGCAGCCACACGUUCCUCCUGACCCCCAACUCCUCAGAAGACAGCAAUGGCGAUGUGAAAGAGAAACUCGUACUGCAACUCCGCCCGCGGAUCCACGCCCUCGAUGCUAGUGUCGUAGCCGAGGCCAGUAGAGUCUACGGUGACGAUGUCGUUCCUUCAGCACGUAUCCUGCCUACCCCAAACCCCUCAGAAUAUGAGGAGGGGGAGUGGCAGGUAGUUUGCACGCCCCUCUUACCAGGGACACCGUACUCGCGGCUCCAACCCACCGUGGAUAUCCGCCCAGGAACCGCAAUGUUCGCGAGACAGGUAGGGCUGGUGGGCUGUCUUGCUAGGUUUAUCGGGCGCGCUUGGACGUCUCGGCCUCGUUCGAGGGGGAGGGGGAGGGCGGACUCGCCGUUCGAUGACUCUACUUCCACUUCCCCUACCACCUACGAUGCCGGAUGUGAGGGUGGGAGGGGGCAGAUGAAGGGGAAAGUCGGGGGCGUGAUUCGCGCCAAACUUCGUCGUUUGGCGGAGGAGUUGGAGGGUGUGGAGAUGAGGGCGCGGGCGGGGGGUGUGAGGAGGGAUUAUGAGGGUAUCAUGGACUGUGAUGAUGGGUGGCCGGUAGUGCUGACGCAUGGGGAUUUGAUUGCUUCGAACAUCCUCAUCGCUGAUUCAAAUUCAGAUAGGAGGGAAGAAGAGGAGAUAGAGGAGGCCAGGAUAACGGGGGUUGUGGAUUGGGCGGAGGCGGAGUGGUUGCCGUUCGGGGUGUGUUUGUACGCUGUUGAACAGUUCCUUGGGUUUCUUGACGCGGAGGCGAAUGUGUGGAGGUACUAUGCUUGUGCGGGGGAGCUUAGGAGGGUGUUUUAUGAGGUAUUAUGUGAGGAGGUGCCGGAGUUGAAGGGGAGGUUGUGGGAGUUGGGUGUCAUGGGGGAUGUGGGUGUUUUGCUAUGGUACGGGUAUGCAUGGGAUGGGGGCAGGAUUGAUAGAGUUGUCAAUUCAGUGGAUGAUGGAGUCGAGGUGGAGUGCCUGCGUGCGUGGCUGUCGUGA